AUAAAAGAGAGAGUGAGAGAGAGAGAAAGAGAGAAAGCAAAAAUCAACACGUUGGACAUGAACGGGUGAACCAUGACUAUACUCUGGCCGUGAUAUCGUUUUCCCAUGGCUCGCGCGGAAGUUUACCGCGACAACCGGCUGGACAGAGACGAUUUUGCAGUGCGGUUGUGUCGUCGUCGAAUCGGCUGCCAAACGUUUCGCCUAACGCCAUUACCACGCAUGGAAAACUCCCGCAAAUAUCGUAUACCUUUCCAAGACUUCGAAAUCGUCGCGCUUUGACCAAAAUUUCGGGUCCUCUGUGUCCAUCGCAGGAGGAUAGCUAGCUGGAGGUUCUUUGAAUAACUGCUCCGUAUCGUUAUUGCCACGCGGAAUAGACUCUAGAUCGUUAUGAGAUCGAGAAAAUACGACACACGGAAUGAGUAGGAUCGAUCGGUCGGUGAGGACGAAGAGGAGCUGCCGAUCGACGAAGGUAGCAGCCAGGAGUCGGGGCUUGGGGCGGGAGGGUUGGGAAAGGCUGAAAGUGUGGGAGGAGGGUCGAAAGGUUGAGCGACCGACGGAGGAGAAAGAAGAGAAAGAGGACGUGGCGGAAGCACGUUCGCUGGAAGAGGAGGAAGAGGAAGAAGAAGAAGAAGAGGAGGAGGAGGAGGAGGAGGAGGAGGAGGAGGAGAAGGAAGAUCGAAAGUGGGAAGGAGAUAGUGGACGAGAGAGGAAGAGAGAUGAGUCUGGCGGGUGACUCGCAAAGCGCGGUGGUCGGUUGUUCGACGAAAGGCAGAUAGCGCCAUUAGUUAUUGCUGGGCCGGAGAACGUCGAGCCGAUGCGCGCUACGGCCCUGGCCGUCGGCGAAGGAGGGGAAGAGGAGGCGGAGGAGGAGGAGGAAGAAGAAGAGGAGGAGGAAGAAGCGAAGGAAGAGAAAAGAGAGGUGGACGAGGGCAAGGACAGAGGAGGGCAGAACGGGGCCCAGAGGGCCGCGAUGUCGUCUCCCUUCGGAUCGGAGGAAGGACGUCGUCAUCGUCGUCGUUGCCGUCAUCAUCGUCAUUAUCCUCGAAUCGGAGCACCCUUGAUUUUCUUCCUGGUGUUCGGUUGCCUUCUAAUCAUCGCCGUUGCCUCGCCUCUUCGUCCCGUGCCACCGCACCGAGGUAUCACGCACGGCUCUUACAUCGGCUAUUACGAGGUGGCCUCCUAUGAUACCGCGGCCUUGAGACUGCAUCGUAACCGGAUGCGUCGCGAUGUCCCCGACGUGGUCGACAAUCAACCUUUGCUGCUGCAGCUGAAAGCGCUCGACAAACAGUGGACGUUACGCUUGAUUCGAGACAAGGGUCUAUUCAGCAAGGACGCGACGUUCGAGAGCACGAAUGGCCCCAUCGACUUCGACUCGUCGCAUUCGUACGUGGGCACCGUGUUGGAGGACGAAAAUGCCAUGGUGCAAGGCAUCGUGACAGAGGACGGGCUUUUCGACGGCACUGUCGUUACCGGAUUCGAGGAAUACUACAUCGAGCCGACGAACAGAUACUCGAACAAGGAGGAGAACACGUCUCCGCCGUAUCACAGCAUAGCUUAUCGCGCCUCGGACGUACUAACGCCACGUAGAUCGUUGCCUUGCGCCAGUCACCACUUGCAUCAGUCCGCUUCUCACGAUUCUACGGAAAGGGGCAAGCACGGUUAUGCGAACGACUCUCGGACGCUUUACGAACCUCUGCUCGGCGAGAGGCAAGCUCUCUACUCGAAGGAAAACGGCGCACGGGUUUUAACCACGGAGAGAGAUAAGAGCGCGGCACGUAUGGAAACAGCCAGCGACGCCGAUCGUAUCGCCAGGCAUUUGCACAAACGUGCCACCGUGGACCCGCGGAAAACUACCUGCAUGCUCUAUCUGCAGGCGGACCAUCAGUUUUUCGCGAGAUACGGCACGGAGGAGGCGUGCAUCGAGGUGAUGACGAGACACGUGCAAAGGGUCAACUCCAUUUAUAAGCACACUGAUUUCAACCAGGAUGGCAGGCCUGACAACAUCAGCUUCAUGAUAAAACGUGUGAAAGUUCACAGCGAGGACGCGCUGAGAGAUCCCAAUUAUCGAUUCCCGGGCAACUACGGCGUGGAAAAGUAUCUCGAGCUGUUCUCCGAAGAGGAUUACGACGCGUUCUGCUUGGCUUAUAUGUUCACGUAUCGGGACUUCGAGAUGGGAACGCUCGGGCUGGCGUGGACCGGCGAUCUGAAAAACGCUGGCGGAGUUUGCGAAAAGAACGGGCACUAUCGCGGCAGUAUGAAGUCGCUGAACACCGGGAUAGUGACUUUACUGAAUUACGGCAAGCACGUACCACCUGCCGUUUCUCACGUCACUUUGGCCCACGAGAUCGGUCACAACUUCGGUUCGCCGCACGAUCCGGAACAAUGCACGCCCGGCGGAGAGGAUGGAAACUUCAUUAUGUUCGCUCGUGCUACCAGCGGCGACAAGCGAAACAAUAAUCGUUUCAGCCCGUGUAGCUUGAGUGCCAUAAACCCAGUUUUGAAUAGCAAGGCUCGUUCUCCGAAGGGUUGCUUUACCGAACCGCAAGUGUCGCUGUGCGGAAACGGCGUUAUCGAAGAGGGCGAAGAAUGUGAUUGCGGAUGGGAAGAGGAUUGCAGAGACUCGUGUUGCUUCCCGCAACGUCGUUAUCCACCACCGGGUGAAACACCCUGCACACUCACGCCAGGUUCCAUCUGUAGUCCUAGCCAGGGUCCGUGUUGCACCGCGGAGUGCAAUUUACGGUUCGGAGACAAGUGCAGAGACGACAACGGAUGUCGCGACGCGAGCUUCUGCGACGGUCGAUCACCGUACUGUCCACCUUCCAUCAACAAACCUAACAAGACGAUCUGCAAUCGCGAAUUCGUGUGUUUCAUGGGGGAGUGCACCGGUAGUAUAUGCCUUGCAUACGGAUUGGAAUCUUGCCAGUGCAUUCCAGGGCCAAAUGAUCCGUCGACGAAAGCCUGCGAGCUGUGUUGUCGUCUCCCCGGGGAAAAUCAGCCUUGCCUGUCGUCUUUCGAUUGGAACUCGCCGCCGUAUGACAUACCAGAUAUGUUCUCCAAGCCCGGAACGCCGUGCAACGAUUACAACGGAUACUGCGAUGUCUUCCAAAAAUGUCGAGAGGUCGAUCCAAGCGGUCCUUUGGCAACCUUGAGGAAACUUCUCUUAUCCGACGAAAGUCUAGCGACAUUCCGUCGUUGGAUAAUUGAUCACUGGUACGCAGCCGCAUUGAUCAUUCUGGCUGCGGUAUCGCUAUUGGUGGCGAGCAUGCGAUUGCUGGGCAAACGACCGGACCUGAAACUCAAGUCAGUCACGAUAAUACACAGCUCGACGACGGAGACGGUGCGUCUGCCGCCAGAGGGGACGGAGGGGGUGACGGUGCACCCUCCGGCUGUACGCGCAAAGCUUCCGCUCAGCAGAAAGGUCAGGGAGAAGAGAAGACACCGGAAGCAUAAGGACUCGCACGGGAACGCGGACAAGACCGGCAAGGAUCCGUCGAAGAAGAAGAAACAGUCGCAGUCGCAGGCGAAGAGGACGCCGGCGACGAACGCGGCUGAAGAUCUUCCUAGAAAGAGAUCGGCGGACGCGAGCACCGCGACGGUUCAAGAGAGCAAGAGGAAGAAGUCGUUCCCGAGCCGGGACAAGCAGACCACCAAUGGCAAUUCGGGCAACGCGGACAACGAGAAAAGGAAGCGCAAGAAGCAGCACAAGAAGGAGGUGAUCGAUUACUCGGCGAUACAGGCGGAGAAGGAAACCGAGCCAAACGCCGACCCCAAGAGCAAAGUUCGUUCCUGGUUGUUGGCGUCGUCUCAGUGCCGACCGGAAACUGGCCGAAGCGGAAACGCGGCCGGUUUACCGAAAAGCAAGUCGACGCCUGUCGGUUUGACCGGUGCAGGAGCCAGGCUGCCUGCAACCAGGCAGCAGCAAGUGGCUCUGAGAAGACCCACAGAGACCAAAGAGGCGAAACUAACAGCGAACUCGGUGGCAAGAAAGGAAAGGGCGAAGCUGCAAGUGGUCUACAAACCGCCGUUCAGGUUCAGCGUGAAGCUCCGAAAGUCGGACAAAGUGGCGCAGGUGCCCGCUGUGGCGGCGAACGCGACGCACGCCGCCGGCAGGCCGAAGCUUCCGCGGACCGGUGUUCUGUUAAGGACGGCGAAAAAGAAGGACAGAGUCAGAAUCGGCAGGGCCAGACAAAUAGCGCCUACAGGAAUCGGAAACAGUGCGGGUGAUUUACCUGAACCGGCCAAUUCUGAUCUCCAUACCGUUCCUUCCGAUCUCGAAGUGCUGCUGUCCGAGAGCGAGUUUCUCUUCUCGGACACGUGACCACGAUAAAUAAAGUCAGAGACCGUUUAGAUCUCCGUUUAUUAUAGAAGAAUCUUUUUUAGGAGAAGAGACCCGUGUCGAAGGAAUCGAUGCGUCGAAGAAUCCCGUCCGCCAAAGUCGCCAAGGAUAGGUACACAGGUGAAAUAUACCUUUACAUGCCAUCCCGUGUGGUUCGGCCUUCGUUUCGCUAAUGAUGAAUAUUAAAAACUGUCGAGUUCGAGUCGAUCGUUGUCGAGGAACGUCCGACGGAAUAAAAAAAAAAAAAAAGAAAAAGAAAAAGAAAAAGAAAUCAAAAGAAAAGAAAGAAAAGAAGAUAUUUAUCAUCAGUGAAAUCGAACAUCGAAGAACCAAAUCGUUUUAUCGCAUUAGUCUAAUGGCUGCUGGGCGUGUUUUCGUAAAACGUUGACGCAACCCCAAAAUGAGCUUCUUCCGUUUCUCUACUGUGCUGGAAUUUAUUUUUUUAUCGGUACGUAUAACGAGGAGCACACGCAUAUACAUAUACGGCGUACGCUUUCGCUCUUUUUCACGUCUUCCUAGAGAUAAGACGACGGUCUGUCGUGUACAUUCGGAAUAAAAAAGACAAAUUCACCGUCGUGAAUCAUCGUGUGCUGUUAUAGUAGUCGAAACGAUCGCGAAACGAUCCGCGUUCUAUGGAAGUGCUAGCUGAACGAUCCAAGCCAAGUUUUCUUCUUCCAAAGAAAAGGGGCCAAAUUUCACUUAAAGGGGAGGAAGGAAAGAAAGAAACUAACCGCAACUAACGCACUGUGCAUCGACACGUGACGCGGCACAAGGAAAUCAAAUCGCAGACCUAUUUUCGCCUCUCGAUGGGGGGAAAGCGCGCAGAAACGUUCGUUCUUUCACCGAAAAAAUCGACCGAGACACACACCGAUUCGUUUGCAAUCGCAGUUUUUAGCGAGUUCAGGGAUCAGCGUUCGAUCGAUGCGAAAGGCGACUUUCAGAGUGAUGUAUCGUCUUAUUUACGGACGAAUAAGGGAGAGAAAGGAAGAAAGAGUGCGAGAGAGAGAGAGAGAGAGAGAGAGAGAGAGAGAGAGAAAGGGUGUGAAAGAGAGAAAUAACUUAAAACUGUUACUAUAUCGUGCCUAUCGUACACCGCUGUUCGAAACUUGGAGAAAGAAUCUUACAAUCCAGAAGGAGAACUUUCUUUUGAUUUUUCCUUUUUGGCGAUGAUUUUUCGUGAAACAAGCAGAAAGUCAGCAGACAUACGACUUGCUAGCGAAUUCGUGAUCUUUUAGAAGCUUCUCUGAAGAAGAAAGAGACAAAAAAGGAAAAGAAAUUCGUUCGGGAAAUAUAUAAAUCGCGGCUGAUAGCUGAAGCUAGUCUGUCCUUUCGAAGUUUCUUUGAAAAAUCAACAACUUGUCGUCAACUUGGCUACUUUCUGCCUGCACUUGCUGUUGUUAAUCUAACGUACUAUUCUCAUGGUUCCUACUCACCGGCAAUUCCUAACCGCGGUGUAAAACCAGCCGGAUUAUUUGCAUUUCCAAUGGAAUAAGUGAUGGCGAGACUCUCGUCGAGCUGUUUAUAUUUUUGAGACUGUAAUUAAGAGAUACGAGAAUCAACGACACGCGUUCUCCGCUGUGUGUUUCUAUGAGUUUGCAUUUCUCUCAGAGUGUCUAUCAGAGAUUGUCCACGCUACUACAGGAAAAAGAAAAAAAAAAACGAUCGUAGUUUAAUCGUACUCAGAUGAUUUACCAUUCAUUACUAUUGUGCGGUGCUAUUAGUCAAUAUUGCUUAACGACGUCGAAACGAUUCUAUGCCCGUCGAACAUUCCCAGUCGCUUCGAAUCUCUUUUUUUUUUUUUUCUCCGUAACGCACUCGAGUCUGAAGUUCCUCUCAUUUCGCUCGUUCUACGUAAUCUACGUAUUUAAUUCUUACACUAACGUUUGUUAAUGUUACUUGUUAUUUGCUUCGAAUCAUUCCGCCACCAUAGAAAUGGUGUUUGCUCCGGCGCAUUCAGUUACUUUGAUCCACCGUCUGAAGAUCUUAUUGCUCGCAAGUGUUGUCUGGUUUCGUGAAAGAACUUCUGGAGAAACUUGCGAGAAUUAUACGUUACAAAACGCUUGUAUCGUCGUUAAGACGCUGGAAGAGAAGCAUCACGAUUGGUCUCGAGUUGACGAAGAGCAACAAGAAAUUUCUGACCAGAUUCGUUAACGUUAAGGAACGGAGGUGGGCAAAGAUCGAUCUUUUCGUUGUUCGUUUGUUAAAAAAAGAAAAAAGAAAAAAAAAUACUGCUAUAACGUAUCGUACAAGAGGGAAUCACGCGUUAAAAGGAUCUUGUGAAACAUAACGCGAAAGAACCAUCGAGACACGCUUCGUUUGCCCACCUCUUAUUUUAAAACCAGUAGAAUAUUUUUCCGGUUGCUGCGAACAAAUGAACAACAAAUCCGCUUGUGUGUAUACAUACGUGCGUACAUGUACUUAAAUCGUAAGGAUAUGUGAUUUUACUUUUACGUGAAUUUAUAUACACGUUAUACAACGUACGCGUGCGCGAGUCACGAUCGAGUCUCACCAAACUGAGAAAGGAUUCGAUCGUUUCGAUCUCGUCUUACGCGAUUGAUAUUUAAUUAACCCAUUGGCCUAAUAUUAUGUAUAAGCGGUCACGUUAGUAGUGUAAAAUCCGAUAUUUAUCGAACGAGACGGAAAGUUAAUGUUACUACACCGUUCUCAAUCGAUUGAAAAGUUCUCUGUCUUUCAUCCGCCUCUUUUCUCCUCGAGAGAAGUUAGAAGAAGACGCGUGAGAAAGUUGCGCCGAAGUGAAAAAAAAACGGGAAACAAUAGCGAGUGAAAUCGUAGGCGAAUGGGUUAUUUAAGGAAUUGUGAUUUUACUUUUAAGACCAAUCUGUGUUAAAUUCGUGAACUUGACCGGUUCUGAGCCAGUGGCCAUGUCGCCUAAUUCCCUCGUUAUUCGCUUGGACACUUUUCCUUGAAAUUCUCUCGGCAGACGUUUCAGCUCGCUGAAAGGAAGAGCCCGUAGAUAUCAGAGUCAUUCGUCGAAAUGCAAUUCGACACAUGGAGACAUAGAUUUUACAUAGCGUGUAACAAGGAACAAAAGAUAAAUAGAGAAGCUAUAGUAACAUUCCAGUUCGAACGUUUCACGAUCAUCACGAUCAUCUAUUGAACGACGAUCUUCCGAGAAGAGGAUAUCUCUCUACGAUCUCAGGAAUGCACGAGUUUAUUUUUUUUUUUUUUUUUUCGAAUAUUAUCCGUUUCCAAGUAUACAAUGAGUUUUAACGAUAGGUAUGUUAAUUUAGUUGCUCGUCAUUGAAAAGAGAGGUAAACGAUCGACCGAUCAAAUUAGUUUGUAAGCGACUAUGGCGACUAGCCAGUCACCGAGAAAAAAAACUAACGUUCGUACUUAUAUAUAUAUAUAUAGUCAUUCCUAACGCUCGAGUGUUGCUUGUUUUGCUACUUCCGACCCCUUCUUUUUCCAUGAAAACAUUGAACAAAGAGAGAAGCAAGAAAGAAAUUGAAACGUAAUCUCUUUGAUGUUAAACCCAAUGACGAUCGUUAAAUUGGAAGUCGUUUGUAAAUGGAAGGGGUAAAGGGUAGAAGAGAGAUCGCUCGAGAGUUGCCUCGAUUGCCAAGAAAAAUCCGAUCGGCAGAACGAAACUCGUUAGUUAGCUGUUCCCGUCCGAUUUUUCGAUACUGGACACGCCCGAGGCGAGACUGUUAAUUUAUCACGUACUCUUAAUAUCCGAUAUAAGAUGGGGCUGCUGUAUUUUUACACGGACUUUGUAUAAAUGACGAGAGCCGCAAGAGCCGCGAGAGCAACGUUUUUCGCGCAUCAUCAUGUAUAUACCUGUAUACCAAUAAAUAGCCGUAGAAUUAAAAA